AUGGCGAAAUGGCUCAACCGGCUGUACUAUUUUGCAUUCCUGACUUGCGUUUCGGAUUUAAUUUUGUGUCAAAUACAAUACGUGAUCCCCGAAGAAAUGGAGCGCGGUGAUUUUGUAGGGAAUAUUGCGGAGGAUUUAGGCCUAACCAUUGGAGAGAUGUCAGUUCGCAAAUUUCGGCUCGUCUCUGAUGACGGAAUGCCGCUAUUUAAGGUGAACAUGGGGAAUGGCAUUUUAGUUGUAAACGAGAGAAUCGACAGGGAAAUUCUCUGUGGACGAAUUGUGAGUUGUUCUGUUUCUCAGGAUGUAGCGGUAGAAAAUCCUUUGGAAAUGCACCGUGUCAAUGUCGACAUAUUGGAUGUAAAUGAUAACUCGCCUAAGUUUCCGAAAAUGAGAUACGUUUUACAAGUAUCUGAGGUAACUGCAGUAGGAUCACUUUUCCUACUGGAGAGUGCGCAAGAUGCAGAUGUGGGUACUAACGCUGUGAGUAGUUACGAAAUCAGCACAAACAAGCACUUUAGCUUGAAGACUCGGACGAGAGGCGAUGGGAGUAAAAUGGCAGAGCUGAUGUUAGAAAAUCCCUUAGACCGCGAGCAACUCUCGAGUUUUCAUCUGACACUGACGGCCUUUGACGGUGGAACUCCUCGUAGAUCCGGUACUGCAGAAAUAAUCAUCACUAUAUUGGAUGUAAAUGAUUGUGCCCCAGUAUUUGAUCAUCAGACAUACAAAACUAAAACAUUGGAGAAUUUACCUAAAGGUUCAUUAAUUACAACAAUAAAUGCUGUUGAUUUAGACCAGGGAACAAAUGGCGAGGUGAAGUACUAUUUAAGCAGCCACGUUUCUCACAGUGUGAGGGAAUUGUUCAGUUUGGACCCGGCAACUGGGCAGAUCAGAGUUCAAGGCUCACUAGAUUAUGAAGAAGAAGAGGCUUACCAACUUGAUGUGGAAGCUGUGGAUGAUGGUACACCCGCAUUAGUUGGGCGUGCUGAAAUUCUUGUCGAAAUAGUUGAUGUUAAUGAUAACGCCCCGGAGUUAAAAAUAAACCCGUUAUCCAUUGAAGUAAGCGAAGAUGCUGCAAGAGGGACUGUGAUCGCUAUAAUAAGUGCAACCGAUCCUGAUUCUGGCGGAAAUGGACAAGUGCGGUGUCAGUUGCCACCAAAUAUCCCAUUUAAACUUCAAAAAUCUUUGAACGGGCAGUACAAUUUAAUAGUGAGUGACACACUGAAUCGCGAAUCCUCUCCGUACUACAACAUUUCCAUUUCUGCCUGGGAUGCAGGAUCACCAUCUCUUUCCACAAAUAAAACUAUGCACAUUUCAGUUUCUGAUGUCAAUGAUAAUGCACCACAAUUUACGCAGGCUGUAUAUAAUGUGUUCCUGAUGGAAAACAAUGCUCCUGGUGCGUCAAUAUUUGAUGUUACCGCUUUCGACCCUGACAUGGGCAAGAAUAGCGCUGUAUCGUAUUUCCUAUUGGACAGUUUCACACAUGAAAGUUCCGCGUCUGGCCGCUUCAGUGUUAACUCGGAAAAUGGGCACCUUUACGCGCUACGCUCUUUUGACUAUGAAACACAGAAGAAGUUUCAGAUCAAAGUUCAGGCUCAGGAUGGCGGUACUCCCUCACUGACCAGCACUGCUCUCGUAAAUAUUAUUAUCCUGGACCAAAAUGACAACGCCCCAGUCAUUGUCUCACCUUCAAACCACAGCAGUUCGAUUUUGAUUGUACCAAAAUCUGCACAUCCCGGGUAUUUGGCUACCAAAGUAAUUGCGACAGACGCAGAUUCUGGACAGAAUGCACGACUUUCUUACCAGCUCAUAGAGGCUACUGAUCACAGCAUUUUUAAUGUGGGAUUUACCUCUGGCGAAAUUCGAACGACUCGAAAUUUUAGGGAGCAAGAUGCUCUUAGACAGGCGCUUGUAAUUUUGGUCAGGGACAAUGGGCAGCCGAGUCUCUCCAGUUCAGUUUCAAUUCUCUUUACAAUCCAAAGUAAUGUUACUGAAAAUACCUUUGAACACAAAAGCAAACCUCGAAAUCCAGAAUUAUUUUCAGAUAUAAAUUUUCUGUUGAUCAUAAUUUUAGGAUCAACUUCCUGUAUAUUUUUAUUCAUAAUAAUUCUUCUGGUCGUUGUGAAGUGCAAACAAGAUAGGAAUAAUUACUGUUACGCGUUCAGAUUCUGUUGCUACAGACAGAGAAAUUCAACGGGUGCCUCUUAUUGUCGAGAUGUCACAAAGGCAAAUUUAAAUUAUCUAGAUUCUGCUCAAACUCUGCCAAUUCGAGAAUCAUAUAAUUACACUGUCUGUCUGUCACCCGAAUCCUCUAAGAGUGAUUUUUUGUUUUUAAAACCCUGUAACCCGACACUGCCUCUGGAUGAUAUUAAUGCUCUAGGCACAUAGGUAUGAUUAAUUGUGUUAAUCUGCACUGUAAUUAAUUUGCAGUUUGUACAGCUA